AUGUCUGACCAGACCAUAUGCCGGUGCAGCCAAAGAAUCAAUCUGAUUCCGCUGCUGCUGGGCUGUCCGCCUACGUGCCUGGCGGAUUUUGGGGGUGAAUACCAGCCCUGUCAGCGGCGGACUUUGAAAGAGUCGAUAUUCUGGAAGAGCGGUGACAUCCAGAUUACAAUCAGGGAGCCAGAGCAAUUGGCCCUCAAGUCUGAUUCUGAGACAUCUGUUGCGAGACUUCCUGUCCAAGUACAGCUGGAUCUGCCCAGCUCCUACAGAAUUCCGGCAAACGGUGCGCUGUGCGUCGAGACUGAUGUGAGAUGGCAGCUCCGAGUGAUCUCGUUUGUCUCCAUCAAGGCCCAAGCGCACGUUCCAACCAUCAGGGAGGCCCUCGCGAGCCCAACGAUGGCCCCCGUGGGGACGACAAUGGGAACAAGCACCUCAUCUGUAACCUGGAGAGAUUGGACGGUCAUAGAUGGACACUUCUCGACGAAAACCCGUUUUGAGAGUCAUCAGGAACUGCUCUUAAGCUUUGCAAGCUCAGAUAUCAUGACCCCGACUUUCUGGUCUCCUCAUCUCAGCGUAAGGUUUACUCUUCGAGUACGGUUUCACGUUAAAGCACCAGGGACAACAACAAUAGAGCUCGAAGUACCGAUCCAGGUGGGUGUGGAUCAAGAAUCUCUGGACACCCAUAGACUCGAGAUCGACCAAGGUUUGAGCAAAAACGGCGGCUUCGUAUUAGGGCGCACAGGAUGGACCUCCCCGGUGGCCGACUGA